CAGAUAAACAUUUUUAUUUUUGUUAAAUCGUUUUGGAUUUUGAAAUGUAACGUAAGCAUUUGUAACUGGGCUUUGAUUGUACGAUUAAGUAACGUUAAUUCUGGAAAUUAUUUUUAGUUAGUUUUUUUAACCUUAGCAUGAUGCCACCCAACAUAAUUAACAAGAGACAUGUAUUCGUAUUUAAUCCUAAUAUACGAAGCCUGAUUCAUAGUGUGCCGUCUUACUUUACAAUUACAAUUUACAAAACCACUUAAAACGAGGACAUGGCAAAAACACUAACGUGGGUACAAGUACUGAGGCAAAUAAAUGCUUCUGCCAUGCUGUUGAAAAUCAUCCAUACACUUUUAAACCAAAGGAGUUACAAUGUGACAUUAACCAGCAAGCCAUGCCUUUUGGAGUCUCCGAUGAUGCCUUCACACGAAGCUGUGGACACAGUCCAUUACAAGGUAUUCAUCUCCGGCAAGAGUGGGGUCGGGAAAACUUCUCUUGCAGCACGUCUUGCAGGCCUGAAACUUCCCAACUUGCACUAUGAAACCACAGGUAUUGAAACCACGGUGGUCUAUUGGCCCGUGAAGUUGAGAGAGAAUGGUCGAGUGCUUUUCUUCCGUCUGCAGCUGUGGGACUGUGGAGAGAACACCUUGCGAAGAUUUGACCAUUUGCUUCCUGCCUGUAAGGAGCAGGUGGAUGCCGUCCUCUUCCUAUUCUCCUUCACUGACAGGACAUCUUUUGAAGAUCUGUCAAGUCAAAUUGCUAAAUGGACUGGGACACCGGAGGCACAUGUUGUAAAAUUGGUGGUCGGCACAAAAUUUGACCUUUUCAUGCACUGUGAUGUGCCGGAGAGAGACGUGAGGGACUUCCAGGAGACAUGGAACUUACGGGUGCUGCGUGUGGGCGGGGAGGUCAGUGACGGGAUUGGUGACGUAGCCCCAUUUCUCAACUGCCUGGCGGAGAACCUGUGGCAUCAGGACUGUGUUACAGCUGGAUCAGCCAACCAUCGUUCACAGCAGAAGACAGGCACUCUACUUUAAAAUCGUAUUUGUAACAAUAUCAUGAAGUUAGGGGCUGGACUGUUUUAAUGGAUUCCUGUUCAUUUCAUCUAAAAAGCACCCACACACACACACACACACUCACAUUUUUUACUGACGUUUAUUUUAUAUUUUGCAGGUUUAAAGAAACAAAGCACAUUUUAAAAAAAGUUUAAUGAAUGUGAAAAAAUAUCUUACUUAACUUAAAACUAAUUGCCCCUACAUGUUGUGUGCCUGUAUUGUGAAAAUUCAGUGCAAGUUGGAAUCCUUAUGUUGUCUGGUGCUCUAUAGGCAAUUAAGCUUAAGUGCAGUCAAGUUUAUAUUAAAAGUGAACAGUGUUUAUAUUUUCAAUUAGUAAAGUGUAUUCGCAAUGUGCAAGUUAAAAACGGCAUUGGUAUAAAAAUCAAAAGUCAUCUAUGAGUGGAUCAUGUUUCCGUCACUGUUUAGACGACAGCGCCUCGAUCCACUCCUCUUUAUCUGACCUGCAAAGAGAAAGUAAAGAAUCCCAGAUAGAGGAAUAGCUGAUCAAGGAUAUGCAUUAGUCAAGGUGCAGAAAAACAGAUGUCCUCUUUCACCUUGUGUUGGCAACAAGUAUCAUGGCCGUCUGUUGGCCGCUGUGACUCUGGGAGAGUGUCAACAGGAACGAGUGUGUGGGUAGAUCACAAGCCUCACUAUCCAGAUGCUUAAUGUGCACAGAUGAGGUCGAUGCGUGAGCCAUAACUUUGAACUUCAGAGCCCUGAUAUGUUUGAGAGAGAAAACAGUGGUUUAAAAAAUAGGAAAACAAUGCAAGGACAAUUCAGAGAAUUACCAAAUUAGGAUGUUGGGUGUUAAAAAUAAAUUCUGUACGAAAUUGCCCCAUUAUGCAAUCUGGUCAAAUACUUUUCCGAGAUGAUCAAAAGGUCAUUGAAAAGGUGGAGGUGGAUGCUGACGAAGGACACUCUCGACGCAUUGGUGACCUCUGCGUGCAGCCGUCUCAUGGGACCCUGGCGCACCAGAAAGCGCCCGCUUGAAACCAGAGGGACUGACUGGAGGAAGAAUCCGUUUGACAGAAUGUUAAAAGCGCUUCGUAUGGUUAUUAAACUUGCAGUUGGCAAAAACAGGA